AAUCAGUGACUUUCCAUGUGUGUGUUUAGUGAAAUGUUGAAGUGAAGCCACUGAAGCGCUUGUUUUUUGACCCUGUGAGGAAACUGCAGCAACAGCUUAACAAGGACCUAAACGAGAAGCCCGCGCUCUACCUAGCACUGGUGAUGCCUUCAGGUGCUGUGAGAAAGGUGGAAAACAUCGCUUUCCCACAGGCCCACUGACUUUAAAGCUGAUGUGGCUCUUGUAAGAUUUCACUGGCUUGACCAUUUUCAUUAGCUGCAAAAUGUUUAAUGCAACAAGGCAAGUACAUAUGUUGAUUGAGACUAUUUUUUACAAAUAUCAUAUCUAAAUGUUCUUUCCUUACUUUGAAUGUCAUUGGUGUAAACAACUAUUUCACCUGAUUUGUACAUUUCUUUAGAUCAAACUUCAAAUACAACAUAGAAUACAACUAUUUUUAAUUGUACAAGUGGAGAUCAUAAAAAAUCCAAUGAUCAAAACAGUUAAGCUAUAUAUUUUGAAUAUAGACAUUUUGUCAAAUUACAAGACAUUAAGUAUAAGACAUACAAUGUUAAACUUGAAAUAGAUAUCAUGUAUUAUUCUGUUUUCGUGUGUGUUGUUUAGCCUCAUUUUUAUUUGUUUAUUUAGAUUGUUUUGUGUUUACCAAACAACAUGACUGACUGUUUCAGCGAACUCCAAGGCAACUAGUAAGUUCCAUAGAGACAGCAGUUUGUAAUUCACACAUAAGCGGUCACAAAACCUCGGGCCAGUAUACAGUAAAAGGAAAUACAGCCUUUAUAUAUAAUGAUGACUACUGAUAAAAUAUAUCAGUAAAGUUUUGAUAUAUUUUAUUUAUGCAAAUUCAAGACAAACAUUAAAUUGAUUAUAUUACAUUAAGUCAAUAUACUUAUUUAAUUAUCAUAUAGAUAUAUUUAUUUGUUAAAUUUUGCUUUUAUAAUUUCCAUUCUCAAAACAUUUACAGUGGGUUGCAGAGCUGUACGUUUUUUAAAAGGCAUAAAAUGUCGCAUAGCACGUUUUCAGGAAGGUAUUCCCAACCCCCGUGAAUGCAGCAUAGACCGGAGCGACCUUUCGCCCAAUUUAACGGCUGGAGGUUCAUCGGGUUUACACUGACACUGCUGACACCCACGGCCACGCCCACCAACGGCCACGCACCCUAUUUCCUCCAACCGCCCAGCGAGCACGCACUGUUCACGCGCCGUCUGCCUUCCUAUAGGCUGCAGCUUCGCACACACUCGGCUGUGAUUGGCUGAGUGUUGCCACCCGCGGGUGCGUGUUAUGAGGUUUGUUUUUCUUUUUUUUCUGCCUCCCUAUGUUUUACGCACACAGCUGAGAGAAAGGGAAGCCAGUCAGAGAAAAAAACGACCUCAACCCAACCCCAGCGCAGGCUACAGCACUGGCAACCGCCGUCUCUUUGUUCUACACUGGCUUUGACAGCGAAAAAGUGAUAGAUAGAUAUUUUAUUCCUCAAUGCCAUUGCGAAAAUUUACAGAGAUGGACUCACAAGGGACUGAGUCUAUGGGUCAUUGUGGGUCCUACACAAAGAGAAGAAGGCACGACAGCGAGCAGUCUGUCUCCAGUGGAACCUCCGGUCUGGAGUACACGGACCUGGAGGCGGCCGAAGCCCUGGUGUGCAUGAGCUCCUGGGGCCAGAGCCUCAGACCCAACCCCUGCAAGCCCAGGCCCCUCACGCCGGCUUCAGACUCCUGUGACUCCCUCCUGCCCCCAGAACUUCCAGAGCCCUCCAAGGACUUUGUGUCCCUCUCCUCCCUGUGCAUGACUCCACCUCACAGUCCCAGCUUUGUGGAGAAUUCGACCUCUAACCCCGGCCUCCAGUUGAGCUCCGGCCCGGCUUUGCCCUCGCAGCGCUGUGGCCCUGGGCCUCACCAACCCGCCUUAGCACCCAUCGCUGAAAAAACCCCGUCUCCGCUCCAGCCCUGCCGAGCCAUGGCCACCAGCGUCAUCCGCCACACGGCAGACAGCAUCCCCUGCCAACACCAAACGCUCGCGGCCCCCAGACCGGAGGCACCCAGAGAAACGGUUGCAGCCGCCGUCUGCCAGAAACCUCCGUCUCCUCCAGCUCCUCUCACAAGCUCAGAGACAAAACAACAGCCCAGCCCCUCAAACCUCUGCACCUCCGCUCCCAUUGUCACCCAGCUGCAGAGCAGGACACCCAGUCCCCCUUUUCCCACCACGCUGUCCCCGCCUCCAGUCAACAGCCCUCAAAUCAUCUGCCACAUGUUCCCCGUCAGCAGCCAACCAGGGAUAAUCUCAGCCUUUAUCCCCAAUGCUGUUCAAACGUCCAGUGCUGGAAUUUGCACCGCCAACGCAGCCAUCCUCCCCCAGCCCGCCUCGGCCAACGCCGGCCCCCUCCAGCAGUCCCUCAUCGUGGGCUCGGCGGUGCCGCAGGGGACGGUGAUGCUGGUGGUCCCCCAGCCUGCGGUCUCUCAGGCCCCUCACUGCCCGCAGACUGUCAUGACCCUGGGCAACACCAAGCUGCUACCUC